CUUUUGACCUGCCAUGAUAUGGCUCCAGGCUCUAUGCACGUUGGAGCAAGGUUCGGCAAGAGGAGAAAGGGGAGACGACUUAGCGUCUAGGAAGGUUUGUUACAGACCCUGUUGAUUUAUGAAGAAAAAAGGACACGUGUGAUUACAGCCUGUCAAUCCAUCUACGUCAGCAACGACACUUUGUCCACCAUGUCAGAUGUCACGCUGACUGUCCUGGAGAAGGAUGACACAAGGAGACAGGAGUUGGAGAAAGUUGUGGGAGAGGCCUGUCUUGGCAAGGACUACAAGUGCCCUCUGAAGGUGGGGAAAGUGGAACUGGUGGAGAAUGAAGCGUUACAGCAGGAGUUUUUGGAAAAAAAGAAUGAAUUUGUUGUCGCGGGCCGCCAGCCAGAAGAGUAUGAAGAGCGCUAUGGUUUUCUUGGGGGCCUGGGGCGCAGUGCAGUCCGCAAGCUGUGCAAGACAGGCCUACUGGCAGAGCACUCCCUCUAUAACACCCUGGGGUACAAUUCCCAGGGGGUCUACCUCUGUCAAUAUGCUGAUAUCUGUACAAGGUGGGCCCUGGAGAAAGCAGCUCCUGGGGAUAAGACGUUGAGGCUUCUGGUUUGUAAGUACAUGCACGGGCGUCUGACCAAGACGGGUCCCAAGGCUCAGGGCGCCAACGAGUACAGCCCUGCCAGCCCAGACUUUGACAGCCAUUUCUCCCUGUUUGACCCCGAUCCCACGCAGCAGUUGAGAGGAACGUUUGACAACUCUCAGGUGUACCUGUUUGAGUUUCAACCUGGAGGUGGCAGAACCACAGUGAAAAGGCCGCGCCAUUGUUGUCCAUAUGCCAUCAUCACAUACACAGAGUCUGGUGAAAUCGAAGAUGAGGCUGCAGAAGAAGAGAAUACAGAAGAGAGCGUUGCCAAAACAGAAGGCACUGCUGCUGAGGGCGUCGGACUCCUACCCACUCCCAAUUGUCCUGUGAUAUCCCAGAAUCCUGUGGACGAGCUGCAGCCCAAUCAGGGGUUGCUAGGAGACAGGCCAGAGGGUGUUCCUGGUGGCGUUUCUCCUUUGAUGGGCUCGCUCCCUGUUUUAGAUGGACCCAGGGGUCUCCUUGGUGACCAUCCUUCAAUCAAAAUGGUGAUGCCAUCCAAGAACAAAGGGCAAGAUUCUGAGAAUGGUAGCAGUUCUGAUAAAACUGAGGGACUUCUAGGUAAAAGGCCAUUACUUCCUGGUGUGCCUCCAACCAACAUCCCUGCGCUGAUGAGUCAAGGGUUGCUAGGCAACAGUCGCAGCAGCGACAACAAGGGGUCAUUGCUUGGUGACCCAGACCCCAAUGUGUUAAUGCAGGCCAACCCCUAUCUCCAGAAGAUCCUGGAUCAGCUCCACAACAAGGGAGAGGAUGGCCAGGACCUGGAGGAAGGGGAAGGGACAGGUGAGGAACAGGACCAAGUGGAGAGGUACAGGCGCCAGGUGGAGGAGUAUAGGUGGCGCCAGGAAGAGUAUCAGCGCCAGUACCACCAGUGGCAGUGGCAACAGUAUGAACAGUACGGCAGUUAUGAUAGCAGCGGGUGGGGAGGCAACGGACAGGGCUGGGGGAGUGGCAGCAGCAGCAGUGGUGGCAGUGGGAAGGAGGGCAAGGAAAAAGGGAAAGAAAAGGACAGCAGUCUCACUUCUGGAUUUUCAUGGGACUUUUCGGCAGUUGAUAGCAUGUUGGCAGGCAUGAGAGAGAGAACACUAGGCUACAGCUCAUUAGGAGGUGGCAGCAGAACUGGUGAUAGCAAUAAUUCAUCUAAUACAGACUCAGCAGGUGGCUCCACUGGCUACAAUAACAAUUCCAGUGGCAGUAACUACUACAGUGACUAUUAUAACUAUUACAAUGGUGGUAACUAUGGUUACGGUGGCUAUGGCAACUAUGGGGAUCAGUACCAUUCUAGUGGUUACUAUGACAGUUACUAUGGUGACAUGUCAGGGUACAUGGGAGGGUAUGGAGGGAGUAAUGAUGCCUAUGGGUAUGGAGAUUACGCAGAGGAGAAUGGGAGUGCAGCAAAAAAGAAAAAAUUAGACAAUGAAUAGAGGUCUAUUCUCGGUGGUGAUUGUACAAAAUGCAGUAAGAACUGGCAAGUGAUGUGGUUGGUGAGAGCUGAUUGAAAGGUUUUAAUGAUAGUUAUUGGAAGGAUAAUUGAUAUAUAUAUAUAUAUAUAUAUAUAU